CAUUCAGCUGAUUGUUUACUCGACUGUACAAGAAUUUUUUUAAUGUAGCUACCGGCAAGCUAGGUACGUUUAACUGUUACAAAACAGCCAAAUCAUGCGCUUAUUUAACCAGAUGUAAAAUGUUGGCAGUGCCUUUUCUGAGUCAUGUAAUUCCAAAUGUAAACGAAGAAAACCGAGGAACCAAAACGUUGUACACAGACUUGUGUCCGUCUUCUCAGUUUUAGUCUUCAAAGAACAAUGGAAAGUCUGGCCGGCAGAACUUGAGUGAAGGGAAGACUUUAAACGAGUGUCGAGUCUGCACAUUGGUCGUUAUGUCUCUUCGACUUUCUCGGAGUUGCUUCUGCCCUUCUGUCUGAUUGUGUUCAGACAUGAACUGCAAGGGGCUCAGGCAGGCUCGGCACCCAGUGCUGCAAAAAACUUUAGUAUGGGGACCUGGACUAGAGGCAAACAUUGUCCUUCCAGCUCUUUUCUACAUACAGGCGGUGGAUAGCUCGGGAAAAAAUUUAACAGCAUCACCUGGUGAGAAGAUCUUUGAAGUAAAGAUUGUGUCUUCAGUGGAGCAGUUCACCAGGAUUUGGAUCCAGGUCUUGGAUCGUCGGGAUGGGUCAUUCCUGGUUCGCUACCGAAUGUAUGCCACCUAUUCAGAGCUUCACAUCCACGUUUUGCUGGAGAGUGAGCAUGUUGCCAAGUCACCGUUUGUUCUCAAAGGCACAGUCUAUCAUGAGGGAUGUUACUGUCCCCAAGAAAGUGGCUCUGUAUGGGAGGCCCCCAUGCACUGUCCUCAGUCCUUCCCGCAGAUAGAGAGGGACCUGGCUCUUUAUCCUAGUGUUGACCCAGAUCGCAAUGCACAGGAGGUCCCACAGCGCUUUGGACAGCGCCAGAGCCUGUGCCACUACACUGUCAAAGACAACAAGAUCUAUGUCAGAACAUUUGGAGAACAUGUUGGUUUUAGAAUCUUUAUGGAUGCCAUCCUCCUUUCUCUCACUAGAAAGGUGCGGCUCCCUGAUAUAGAGUUUUUUGUUAAUCUGGGUGACUGGCCGUUGGAGAAGAGGCAACCCCCUGAGAAGAUUCAUCCCAUCUUUUCCUGGUGUGGCUCUAAUAAUACCAGAGACAUCCUCAUGCCCACUUAUGACCUGACAGAGUCUGUCCUUGAGACCAUGGGGAGAGUUAGUCUGGACAUGAUGUCAGUUCAGGCCAACACGGGGCCGCUGUGGCCAGAGAAGAACGCCACAGCCUUCUGGAGGGGGCGCGACAGCCGGCAGGAGCGUCUGGAGCUGGUCAAGCUUUCGAGGGCUCACCCAGACAUUAUAGAUGCUGCUUUUACCAAUUUUUUCUUCUUUAAACAUGAUGAGAGUCUCUAUGGGCCACUGGUCAAACAUGUUUCAUUUUUUGACUUUUUCAAGUACAAGUACCAAAUAAACAUUGACGGCACCGUAGCAGCAUAUCGACUGCCUUACCUGUUGGCAGGAGACAGUGUGGUCUUAAAGCAGGAUUCUGGCUACUAUGAGCAUUUCUACAAUGAGCUUCGACCAUGGGAGCACUACAUCCCUAUAAGAGCAGACCUGGCAGACCUCCUGGAAAAGAUCCAGUGGGCCCGUGACCACGAUGAAGAGGCAAAGAAAAUUGCUCUUGCAGGUCAGCAGUUUGCCCGCGGUCAUCUUAUGGGAGACAGCAUAUUUUGUUACUACUACAUACUUUUCAAGGAGUAUGCCAAACUCCAGGCCACAGAGCCAAAGAUUCGUAAGGGUAUGGAACUUGUAGAGCAGCCCACUGAUGACCUGUUUCCAUGUUUCUUGCCACAGAACACGGGCAAAAGAUGAGCUGUGAUUGGCCUGUCCCCCAUUUACAGAAGAGUUUUUCAUAUCUGAUCAAAUAUUUUUUUCAAAGUGUCAAUAAAUUGUGUGACUAUGGUAUCAGUAUCUCAUUCUAUUUUUUAAUAAAUGC